CAGGUCUGAGUAACAUCAUCGGCGUGAUCGUCUACAUCUCCGCUGCACUGGGGGACAUUUCACCAAAGAAAGACGAGGACAAGAAAUGGCAGUAUUCGUAUGGGUGGUCCUUUUACUUUGGAGGUCUGUCCUUCAUCAUGGCCGAGAUGGUGGGGGUGCUGGCAGUCAACAUCUACAUUGAAAAGAACAAGGAGCUCCGCUGCCGCUCCCGCACCGACAUCUUCAAGAGCACCACGCACGCCAUGCUCCGCCUGCCCAGCUACCGCUUCCGCCGCCGCUCCCGCUCCUCCUCGCGCUCCACCGACCCCUCCCGUUCCCGUGACCCUUCACCCGUCGGAGGUGGGGGUAAGAACUUUGGCCUACCCCCAUCGGCGCUGCUCUCCCAGGGCCCCAUUUCGGUGUCCACCCUGCCCAACCCUCACUCCCGCUCCCACACAGCCCUGGGCGGCGACAUCUCCCUCUACACGCUGUCCCGUGACCCCAAACUAGGGGGGUUGCCGCCCAUGUAUGGAACUGUAGACAGGGCCACGCUCUACCAGCUUCACAACUGCUUCCCCAAGGAUGGUGGUGGAGGGGGGUUGAUGAUGAGCGGCACGCUACCCUCCCUCAAGUCCCACAACCCUGCCAACUCUUCCAACUCUAAUGCACAGAUGGCCAACUCUGUGGGCUCCGGCCCCCCACCGUUCACGUCAUCCUCAGUGGACAGGGAGCGAGGCAUGGGGACUCUGGACAGGUUGAAGGGAGACAGGGAGAGCAACUCCAACACCCUUAACAGGAAGACGACUCCUGUGUAGAGGGAGGGGCGGAGAAAGGGAGAGGAAGGUGAUGAUGAAAAGGAAGAAUGGAAAUUUGGAACUCUCCCUCCAUGUUCACCGUUAUUUAUCCUCACCGAGAAGAAACAACACAGUAAUAACAGAAAGAUAAUAACAACAACAAUGAACCUUUACAAUAAAACUAUUUUGAUAUUUUAAUGUGCUAGAAAAGAUUUAUUUUAAUAAAAAUCAAACGCAAUUAACA